AUGGGUUAAGGUAUGAAAUAUUAUUAUUUUUAGAUAGAGGGAUGCAAAUUUUAUAAUAAUUAUCUAGAUUAUAAGGAAGAAAUAUUUAUCCUUAAUUAUAGGUUAUCAAUAAGUGGCAAUUAAAUUAAUUGGUGUUGAGCGGUAGAUCAAUUAAGUCUUGGAUAUCUGUAAUUACAAAUUAUUGAUAAGAGAACCUAUGUGACUAAAAUUAGAAUUUUAUUUCAACUGAUUUUACAUAAUUAGAAGUUCUAUUCGAUCAACAAGGAGAAAAAGAAAAACCCUCCAAGACUACAACAUUUCUAUCAAACUGAAUCUAAAUUAUGCUGAUGUUUAUAAUAACAGAGGUAAUCCAUCUAGUAAGAUCAUUAGGAGUUCUAUAAAACGGACUAGGAGAUAAAUAGAAAGCACUUCAAGAUCACACCAUAGCCAUCAAAUUAAAUCAAAAUUAUGCUCCUGCUUAUUAUACCUAGGUUAUCAUCUAGUUAUAUACUUAAGAAUUCUAUUUGAAGAACAAGGAGAAAAUAAAAAGCCCUUCAAGUUCAAUAAAGCUCUCGUUUUAUAACCAGACUAUUCACUUUAUCUUACCAACUGAAUUGAAUAUUUAUCUAAAAUUUUACCAAAAUAGAAAACUAAUUAUAUAAAGGAAUAGCCUAGAUGAUUUUACAUGUUUUAAUUUUAGAAAUCAAACCAAUAAACAUUUAUAUCAAUCAAAAUAUUCAAACAAAUUAAUUUCAUAUUAAUAAACCACUUUAUGAGCAAAAAUUUAAUGAUCUUGAAAAUCAAAUAAUUAAGCUGAGUGAUGAAAAUUCUGAUAUGAAAAUGAAAAUCAAUUCAAUUUUAGAAUAAGACUAUUUUUAAGUUUCUGAAACUCUAAAACAAUUAAAUAAAAAAGAAAAUAUCAACUAAUUUAUGUAUUUUAAUGCUUUAGUUUGGACAUUGUAUAAUUACUUAUUUUCAAUUUAAUAGAUUUCCUCGAAUCUAUUUUAAAUUAAUAAAAAUGCAAUAAUAGAAUGUGAUAUAGAAUAAUGCGAAAUUAUUUUUUCAAAAGGUUGUAAAUGCAGGAUUAUCAACCUUAGGAGCAUUACCUGGAGGUAGAAAUACUUUCAACUUAAUUAAUACUGCUCUAGAUUAUGGUUUUGAGUAUAGAAAGAACAAAAAUUUACUGAAAGAUUAAUAGACUGAACAAUAUUUUCAAAUGCAGUUCUAUACUUCCUGUUCAAUUAUUAAUAAAGAUAUAAAUUGUAAGCCUGAAUUAAGUAAAAGUUUUUUAUCAAAUUUGACUGACAAACCAGAAUCAAAUUUUAAGUUUUUUGUAGACUAAUUGUUGACAGAAGAAGAUAAAUAAUUCAGAGAUAGCGAGUACUGGGCAGCAAGUACUGGAGACGCAUCAAUCAUUUUAAAUUAUAUGAAAAAAAAUAGUGAAAGAAUGGCAAAUCAAAUAUUAAACAAACAAGUAAUAUUAAAGUGA